GUGUGCGCAUUGGUCACGAAGAGCAAACCGAGACAGGAACUGACAUGAUCCUACAGGAAGAGUGCAUUUGGUAUGAAAAUACAUCUGCGCGGAAUUAUACAAUGAAACAUAGCUAGUAGCCCCAGUUUCUUUCUAAAUUCGUUCUUUUAACCACUGUUUAUAGAGAACUAUCAUCAUGGCCAAUUUUACUGAAGCGGAUUUACCACCAAAUCUGACUUGCCUCAAAAAUGUUGAUACCCUUCUCCGAUGUCCCAUUUGUUUUGAGUUCCUGAGUAUCGCAGUGAUGACAAAAUGCUCUCACAACUUCUGCUCUUUGUGCAUAAGAAAAUGUAUGUCCUACAAGUUGCAAUGUCCAGUGUGUAAUUCACCUACAACAGAACAGGACCUAAGAAACAACCGGAUACUGGAUGACCUGGUCACAAACUUUCAAACUGCAAGGCAGCAGUUGUCAAAAGCUAAUUUCGACUCACCUCCAUUAUCCCCGAAGACCCCAGCCUCUGCUGUCAAGUGUAAAACACACAGACAGACCAUGGGCCCCAAGAAGGAUGGCUCCAUCCUCAGUCACUUUUUCCAGAAGGGGCCAAUCACUUCCACAACAUCUCUCACUACAGAGGCCCUGCUAGCACGUCAUACACAAACUGUGAAAGUAGACCCUGGUCAUCAGGUCUCUGUGAACAAGGAACCCAUGGAGGAGGAGAUACCGGUGCUGGUGUCUGUGAAGAUUGAGAAGAUGGACAUCUCCAUGUCAGGGCUGGGGUCUCUGGCUGACUCACCGUCCACAUCACAGGACAUGAAGCCUGUAGUUAAAGUGGAGUGUCCUGUGUGUUCUGUGGGCAUCUCUGAACAGCUCAUCAACAAGCACCUGGACACCUGUCUGACCCGAGGGGAGAAGAAGGAGAGCCUUAGGAGCUCCCUAGGUGCUAAGAGGAGGCCGAUGGGGAAGCUGGUGUACACGCUGCUGUCCAUGCAGGAGCUGAAGAGGAGGCUGAAGGAGUGCCACCUCUCUGUCCAGGGUAACAAAGAUCAGCUGGUCAGGAGGCACCAGGMCUUUGUACAUUUCUACAACRCCCAGUGUGACGCCCUGGAACCGAAAUCAGCCAAAGACAUUGCCAAUGAAGUGGAGGCCAACGAGAAGGCCAGGAACCAACUUCAGGGGAAAACCAAACGUGCCAUGGACUUCUCAAAGAAUCAAAGUGUGGGGAAGAUCGACGAGAUGCAUUCAACUUACAGGAAGCAGCAUAACAGUGAGUUCUCCCGCCUUAUAGCCCAGGUCCGUGGUCGCCUGGAAAAGACCAGGAAGAGGGAGAUGAAACGGAAAGUGAGGGAUGAGGGAGUAGAGGAGGACCGGAGAGCGGGCUCCAGCUCUGCAGAUAAAGCAGCAGAACAGGAACAGAGGGAUCCCAGUCCCAGUGACUCAGAGGCCUUCUGCAUAUUGAUGACAUCACCAGUGCAGGAGCCCUCUGAGGAGCAGCAGCAGCCUUCUGUUGUAGAGGUCAUUUCCAGGUCACCCAGCUGUCUCAGUGACGUGUCCAUCAGCAGUUCCGUCUCCGAUGUCUUCGCUGACAGAUGCUAUGAAGUUUCAGAGAACGCCUCGCCGAGUGGGAAGUGGGCUUUCUGCUCCAGGGAGGAAGACUCUGCUCUGCCCUUUGUCAUGGGAAAACGAGCACGGAAAACCUGAGGAGGAAUGCUGGGAAGAGGACAGGAAAGAUCUGAGCUGAACUCUGUUAAACGCCUUUACCUUUCUUACUUUAAGCACAUUUUCAGGAUAUGGCAAGUUAUGCAAUAUAUUUUAUACAUAUGUGUCACUUUAAGUAUUGAUAUCUUUAUAAGAUUUUUUUUUUUUUCAUGGACUAGUCGCUAAUUGUUCUUUACAUGUACUGUCAAGUGUACAUAUUAACAUUGUAAUAAAUAUUUCACAUUUUACAGUACU